AUGUAAUCCGUUUUUAAAAAUUUUUAGGUUGUGGAGGCAACGUCAUUAAGCUCGGGUACAAGAAUAAAAGGCUUUAUUGCCUGUUUUGCUGCAGGAAUUCUCUGCUCGCUGUUGGGAACUUUCCUCCUCUGGGUGCCGAGGAAGGGACUGUACCUCUUUGCAGUGUUUUAUACCUUUGGUAACAUCGCAUCUAUUGGGAGCACCGUCUUCCUCAUGGGACCCAUGAAACAGCUGAAGCGAAUGUUCGAGCCUACGCGUCUGAUUGCAACCAUCCUGGUGCUGCUGUGUUUUGCGCUCACCCUGUGUUCUGCCUUUUGGUGGCACAACAAGGGACUGGCUCUCAUCUUCUGCAUCUUGCAGUCUCUGGCCCUGACGUGGUAUAGCCUUUCCUACAUACCGUUUGCAAGGGAUGCUGUGAAGAAGUGUUUUGCUGUGUGUCUAGCAUAACACACAGCCAGGUUUGCAAAGCGUUGGAAAGCAGGAUGUGGAUGGAAGCUGGAGGACCGGGUUGUAAAUAUCUUCAAAACCUCUGUCUCACAGACACGUGCCUUUUACCCUGCAGCGGUGCGUUGCUUGUGUUCUGAACAUCGGAGGGUUGCUUUUGGGUGUGUUCCCAGACCUAGAUGUCUGUAGCAGAAUAUGAGAGAUGGGUUUGGUAUCUGACAGAGUCGAAUCUUACUCACGCGCCUUUGGACGGUGUCCCACUGAAUUCUCAUAAAUAAAAACCUUGUUAAGCAGCAGCAGAGAAGCCUGGGCAGCCAGUGAUUCCCAGGUGGUGACAGGCAGCCCGACUGGGGACGGCAGGGGUGCAGCAGCAAGGCAGAGUUUGGGGGUCAACAGGGACUUUGUAAUUUUGUCCCUCAGCUUGGGGUCUGUCACCCCUGCCCCACACUGGAGACACACUUCUACUCUGGUGUCUGGGGGCAAGUGGUUCUGCCCUCCUGACAGCUGCACAUGAGCCCGUGAGAAGCGUGGCCACAGAGUGACGUGCAGAAGGGGCCCUUUUGGGUGAUGUGUGUUAUUUUAAAAUCUGAACCAGGCUCUCUCGCUCCUCUGAUUCCACACUGACUCUGGAAUGUAUUUCCUUCACACUUAGCGCGCACUCUUUUUCUCUUGGGUCCCCCCGCUCCCCCUUCAUAUCUUUACCCUUGACCCCCUGGAAUGAGACCGAGAGGGAACAAAGCCGCAGCAGAAAACACUGCUGCUUCCUUUUAGACACGAGUCGGCAGGAGGUAAAAAGUCUUGCUUCUCUCUGCUGUUUUUUUCUUCCCUGUUUAUAAAUGCUUGCUUUUAAACUGAGUUUACUUUCCAUUCUCCCCUGGGAUGGGGCCAGGGGAGAGUAGGUGGGGAGACAGAGCUCCACUGUAGCACCAGCAGAAGGAGGCAGGCCUGCCCAGGGACCUUCAAACAGCCCCCAAGUUUGCACUGGAGCUGGUGCCGGAAGCUGGGGGGCGGCAGGGUGGCCUGUCCCAGCCUGAUGCCUGGCCACAUACAGAGUGCUUUCGUGUCCCCGACUUUGUCUAGUCCUCGUAAGAGCCUUGUGACUAAGCCGGGAUUGUUACCCCACUAGGUGAUCAAGGAGGUCAAGGCUUAAGAGAUGUUACCAGAUCCACCCAAGGCCACAGCUGAUGGCAGAGCUGAGCCCUGAGUCCGGGUGCCCCAGCUUCAGUCUCCUUUGUGCCCCAGUGUUUCCAGUGUGGCUCUGGUGGUACCUCCUGUAACUGUUUUCCCUGUUUUCAUCGGCCAAGCCCAUGCCUUUUCUGGUCCCAAUCCCUCUAUGUCGUCACACCGUCUCCUGCCUGGUCUCCCUUCCUUCUGGACCUGUAGGAUCCCCAUCAUUCCUGUGUGCCCUUUUGCUCCUGAUCAUCAAAAUGCCUUAUCUUGAUCGGCAGAGCUCCUGGCAUUGUGGGACCUCCAAAGGAAGUCUGUUUGGGUUUGCUUUUCUAUUCUUCACCCAGGUCUGGCCAGUCCACACUGGCUCUUGGUCUUGGAACCUGCAAACCAAAGGCAGUGGUCCACCGCUUGUCUCCUUGCUUGUGGCUGAUUGCUGCCUUCUUUCUCCUGCUGUAGCUGAGGCCGCAGACUGGCGAGGCUUUUCUUUCUGAGCUGAAGAGGUGUGAACAGGCCUGAUGGGGCCAGGGUGAGGAACCGAUGUUACUGGGUCCUUUUCUAGGCUGUUGAGGGCAUCCUGUCUUCUGCCGAGGCCCCUAACCUGCCUUCAGCCAGGAGUGGAAAGUGCAUGCUACCCUCUGGCUGGUGGGAGGCUCCUUCACAUCCCAGGUGCCUCCAGGAGAUAGCUCAGAUCUCAGAAGGGCCUGGAGGAGGUCAGGAGUCUUUAUCACUUCUCUUUAGAGCCAGUGUGAGGCCAGCCUGGUCACUAUGAGCUUCAACCAGCCUGGAGUGAUAACACCUAAAAGGCAGACCCCCUUGGGCCCUUUUUAGAGGCUGGACUUGACUCUGUGGGACGUUGAGGUUAAGAUGUCACUGGGCGUGUAUAAUGUGGUGGCGAAUGUGGGCUCUGAAGUCAAACAGGUCUGGGUAUGAGUUGUGGCUCAGUCACAUUCCAGUGUUGUGUUGAGCAAGUGACUUCACCUCUGAUCCUCACAUUGUUCGUCUGUUUCACAAUAAUGAGGCUAAAAAUUCCUGCUGGAUCAUCGCAGGAUGUCAAUGAGAAAAGUGUCAAGUGCUUAGCACGGGGCCCAGCAUAGGUAAAUGAUAUCUUAGUAAAAGGUGGGUAUUAUUAUUUAAUCCCAGGAAUACCCAAUGGCCAUUGAAGGUGACAGGGUGACUGCGACCAUUAAUUUAUUUAAGAAAAUUUAUUCGGUAGUAUGUGUCUAGCAUUGUAGACAUUGCCAGGCAUUAUCUCACUGCAUAUUCCCAGUCACUGUGGGGCUAGUGGUCUUGUCUCCAUUAUUAGAGAAGGAAUAGCCUCAGAGGGCAAGGGGUCUACCAGAUCUCACCAGUAGAGGGCGCCAGGUCUUGCAUAAAAGCUCCUGCUUUGCCCUAAUUUUCAGGCCUGUGGCCAGUUUGCUCAGACAGCUCCAGUCCGGACAUCCCGGCAGCUUGUGGAUGAUCCUGCCUUCCAGCAUCUUCCAGGCUCCUAAGUUUUUCCUUCUGUCGCCUUAUCCUUUGGUUGCUUUCCUCCUCGUUUUUGUUUGCUGGACUGUGGGAGGAGGAAAUCCAUUUCAAAUCUGCUGAAAACUGUUACCAAGCGACAGCGCUGGUUACAAGCAACCUCAUGGGUGAGCAAGGGAGUGGAGAGUUAGAAUUUUAGCCCCCGUGGCUGGUAGUGGUCUCUCUUUCCCUGCUCCUCGUUCUGUCAUCCUACGUUCCCUGCAGGGUGAAGGAGAGAUCAUUGUGUUUUGGAAGAAAGGGAACCCUUGAGGUGACUCUGUUGUAGACCUGCAGCUGGGCGGGAAGCACUGGCCUGAACGCCCUGCCCUGGGCGUGCUGGUCCUGUGACCUCUGUUUUGGGAGCAGUGCUGCUCUCCAGACCUGGAGGGCCGGCUUCCAGUCCUCCUGGCCCUCUCUGCCUUCUCCCCGCCCUUCAGAGGCUGCUUGUUUGCAUUGGGUCUUUUUACUAACUUGCUGCCUUCCGUGUUCUUCUGUCUCACUGUCUAAGAGGCCUCCCCUUUUGCUGGAUGUGAACCAGAGGUUCCCCAGCUCCCCUGGGUGUCUGUGCCCGUGGCUACUGCUGCUGAAGCCUGACCUGAGGUUCCCUGUCUCAGUCCCCUAGACAGGCUGUCCUGUCCCUGGGGGAGGACUGAACAAUCUCUCCGGCUGAGCGUUCUCACUGGGUUGGUUAAUCUCGGGGCUCCGAGCUUCUGUCAGUCACUCUUGAAUGGUGACCAGGGGCUGUCUACUGAGCACCACCUUCCCCACUCCAGCCAGUGUUUGCUCAGGGAGCCAGAAAUGAAAUCAUGAAAUGCAUCUAAAUAAAAUUGCCUUUGGAUGCUUCUGAUAGAAAAGAUAAUUAAGAAGUGGGUCAUACCUUUAAUAAAAAAUUGUGAGGGGCACUGGUUUGGCUGCUGCUGCUUUGGAUAGCACCCGAGAGUAGCAGAUGUCACCACACGAGUGAUGAGACGUGGUGGGGAGCAGAGCUGCAGCCCAGUGGCUGUGGAUUCUUUUUUUCUGUGGGGCCACAUUCCCUUCUCUUUCCUCAGAUAAGUCCUGACAGGAGUCUCCUGCAGGGCUACAGAUACUUCAGAAUUCACAACCUGUCCUUAAACUUCAUUGUCAGCAAGUAAGCAACAACCACGAAAAUCAGUGUUUAAAGUUUAUAAGGCCAUUUGGCUAGAAGACAGGCAUAGUCCUUUUGAUUUUAAAAUCUGUGAUUUUGGGGGAUAAGUUUUAAGAUGUGCGGUAGUUUCCUUGCGGAUAGCAUUUUUAAGAAAGCUAACUGAUCUUUGCCCGGGGUGCGAUACAGAUUUCUAUCUGUGUAGCUCUUGGCAAGAUUAACAAAGGAAUUUACAUUCAGAAGUAAUUUAAAGAUAAAUUUGGGGGCAGUUUUUAAUCGAAAAAGUUGGGAGAUUAAGUCAUGUGACUUUAACGUGACUCUUAAUUCAUCAUUUUAUGAAAGUCUGAGCUCUUGAGGGUUUUUCACGGAGUGAAGAGGAGAGUGCAGUUCUUCACUUGAGAUCGGGCUUGUAGUCCCACUUUUCGGUUAUUUCUGGUUCUACGCCGAACGCACAGACGCCAUUCCUAAGCCCCUGGUACACUUGAGCUUCGCUGUUGUUGAUGGCCCAGGUUUCUGUGCACGGCCUCACAGAGACCUGCAGAGCUUGUGAGCAGAGCCCAGGGACCGUCAGAGCAUUUGUUAAUGUGAAUUGGCCGAAUAGCAGUACAUCCUUCUUAGCGGGAGCUGAUGAACUGACAGCGGGCCUGGAAAUGUACAAAAACUCUCUCUAGACGGGGUGAGCAGAAACCAGGGAAAAGUGAGUUCACUAGACAGGAGGCGCAUGGCUGUUUGAAGAGAAAGGUCACCCCACAGCAUCGUGAUAACGAAUCACUACUGAUGUGUAUAUUCGCAACAGAGUCACCACGUUUAAUAAGCAGCACCAAAAAAUAGACACAGCGUGGACAGAAGCUCCCUGAUGCAAUUGGCUGCCUGGACUUAAUACCCUUGUGGGUGCUUGGGAGGCGUCCUUGGAGACCAAAUUGGGACUGGUGUCUGGGCAGAAUGCUGCUCUCCGCCUGUUAAACUUCCUUACUGCAGGAGGAAGCGAUGAGCCUUAUUCUAAGUAAGAAUGAACUUUGUACUGGUCGUGAAGGAGAACCAUGGUUUACAUGCAGUUUUGUGGUCUUGCUGCUAUGAAAAGUGUUUGCGUUGCUUUUUCCAGUGUAUUUGCUUGACUUAGCCACUUUGAACAACGAAAGGAAAAAGUUAAAAACCUCUGAACUCUGAUCUCUCACAGCUCUUGUACAUUCUCAUUGUGAAGUUGAGGGUAAGGGUGUUCAGAAGCCCAUGGGGGUUUUAAAUGCCUUCAGAACAUUGUGCCUGUUCUCGUAGGAUGAGCUUUUAAAACACUUUGUUAAAACAUGAAUCAAUUUUUGUAAUUGUAUACUCAGCUGAUUUUGGAUGCUGCUGAUGGCGUAACUAAAUUUUUAUAGCCCAAAAUAUAUUCUCGUGUGUUGCUUUUCCUACCUUGAGACGCUGUUUCAUGCAACGAAGAUUGUUUUCUUUUUGCUGAUUUCGAAGAGAAAGAAUUUUACUGAUAAGUAAACUUUUUUCCCCAAAAUAUCAUAAAACAAUUAUUUUUUCUUUCCAAUAAAUGAUAGCAUUAUGAUCUUUAA